ACAAGCAUACGUACGGCAACUUUAUACAAACGUCUACAAGGGAUAAGGAUCCAGGAAGUGGUAAAAGGUGUGGGUAUUUUCUGUUGAGCUCACUUUGUGGUCUCCUCUGCCUCUCACUGAUGACCAACAUACUUCUGACCUAUUUUUAUCUUAAACUCAGAUGGGCUUCAGACGAUUUGCCUGAGCAAAACUCCUCAGUUGUUGUCACCUCACUUGAGCGAGUCAGAAGGUGCUCAGCUGAAGAGCGUCAAAUACAGUACAAAGACAGACUCUACGUUUUCCCUACAGAUGAAAUGAGCUGGAUUUCCAGUAGAGAGAACUGUCAGGAAUUAGGAGGAGACCUGGUGAUCGUUAACAGUAACGAGGAACAUAUGUUUCUUGUUGGUGCAAUGAACACAUUUAGCAAUUCUCUACACUGGAUUGGUCUGAGAACUGCUGAAAACAAGGGCAAGUGGCUCUGGGUAGAUGAAAAGCCUCUUGUGCGCAAUCUCUCGUGGUGGAAGCAUAUGUCCGAGUACAUCGAAUCGGAGAGAGAAGACUGUGUGGGUUAUUACGAUGGGCAAUGGGUGGAUCUGUCGUGUUUAACAGCAGAAAGGAGGAUCUGCGAGAUCACGUGCACUCCCUGAACUCUCUGUGACUCCUGAUAUAAAUUUAGAAGCUGAUAUCUUUUUUUAGUGUCAUUUUUAACCAGGCAUGAUGUAAUUUUAAUUAUGUAAGUGAACAAAACCAAUCAGACAUGAAAGCAACUGAGAGGUAAAUCUAUUAUUUUGUUACAUUGGCACCAAUCAAGGGAUGGAAUAUAUUAGGUUUUAAAUAAAGAGACACUUCUCUAAGUUGUGAACAGGAAAAUUGGGAUAGUAAAAGGAUCUGAUUUUCUUUGACGGGUGAAUUGGGAAUUUAAUAAACGGGUAAAUUGCUAGAUGUUAGGACAUCUCUAAUAUCGCAGGUGUUUAUAGAGAGAUGCAUUUAAUUAAAAUUCCACAUAUAACAGCAAAUUAGGAAGCUGCAGUCAAAGGACAAGCUCAGCCAUGAUACAGUGCCCCAUGGAAGGUUUAAGGGUCUUGCUCAAGGCCAGGGUUUGAACCUUAUGAAGGUCAACCAGUAAUCAACAAUAAAAAGGACAACCAUUAAACUGACAAUAGGGACAUGGAGGGCAUGAACCCCCAAAAAUAUCAGAAGAUCAACCAGUAAACUGAAAUAGGGUCAUGUAGUGCUUGAACCCCCGAUCUUCUGAAUGUCAACAAGUGUAUAAAAGACAACCAGUAAAUUGAUGACAGGUUAAUGGACAAAAAGGCGAGGAGAAAAAGCUAGCCUGUCUGGUCUAAUCCUACACAAAAGCUAAUUUUUCAGGUUCAUGCUGUCAUGAUUGAUGGACAGUGCAUGUAGGACGUUUUGGAGACAAGGUGAGGAAGUCGAGAUUGAGAUGGUUUGGACAUGUGCAGAGGAGAGACAUGUGGUACAUUGGUAGGAGAAUGCUGAGGAU